AUGACAAAAUUUUUUAAACCAAAAAAGAAAUUCAUUUCCAAGAGAAAAGCAGCAAUUGAAUUGCACAUAAAACUACAUGAAUUGGACAAAUUGUGUGUGUACUGUUCGAUUUAUCCAAUAGUAGCUGCGAAAAGGCAAUGUUUGGAUAAAGCAGAUGAUUUCUAUUACACAAUUGAUGAUAUCAAACAGAUUGCACGUUCAGAUUCCUAUUCGAAUUUGAAGGCAAAUAAGAGACUUGAUUCAAAAAGAAAGACGCUGGAAGCAGGUGGAUUGUUAGAAAGAGCAGAACAGGUGAGAAAUGUUGAAAUGCGUCUGAUACCUUUGAUAAAACAGAAAUACGGCAGUUUUGGUGAAUCAGUUUGCGAUUUAGGGAAUUCACUUAGAUUUCUAUACUUGGCACAAUUGCACAUGGAAGAAGAUUCAAAUGUGAAGCAUUGCAUUACAACUGUUCUAAAUGAUUUCGAGCAGUUUGUUAUUGACAAUAAUAUGCUGCAAUGUGCAUUUAUGUCCAAGAAUGGCAUCUUUUACCAAAUCAACGUUGAGGAUAAAAUGGUUUUGUGGAUGGUUCCCUACAAAAUAAAAAAUAGGGAGGAAUUCUCUAAAGAACACAUUUUGAUACCACGAGAAGCAUUGAAGAGUCUGAUUGAUUUGGAAGAGGAGAGUGAGGAUGCAUCGGAUGAUGACUCGAUCAUUGAGUGCACAAAUGAGAGAUACCUGAGAUAUUUAGAAUAUUCUGUACCUGUUCUAAUCACACAUGUGAAAUUGGUACUGUUUAAGCUCAAAAUGAUGAAAGUUGAAAGAGAAUCAAAUCACAAACUCAAAGAUUGCACAUUUUGUAUAAGAAACGAAUCAAUCAGAGAACAAAUCGAAUUCGUGGUCAAUAGCAUGGGUGGAAUAGUUUCAGAGACAGGAAACAUCGUAAUAUGUGAAGAUGUUAGUGAAAUAGAAGAAGACAAGAUGUACAUUCAGCCACAAUAUGUUUUUGAUCUAUUGAACUUGGAAGACAUUGAAAUCACGAAUUACAAGGUGGGAAUGGAUUUGCCUACGCACAAGUCACCAUUUAACAGCAUCUACGACCAAAUUGAUCCGGAAAUGCUCCAAACACUAUCUAAUACUAAGAGAUAUAGACUAUUGGACAAAAUCAAAAAAUUGGAGUAA